AUGGAAGAGUACAUUUCCCUUGGUCACAUGACUCUUUGUGACGAAACCGAGGACGGGUAUUAUCUUCCACACCACGCCGUUAUCAAGGAAUCCAGCGCGACGACUAAGGUUCGUGUAGUUUUUGACGCGUCAGCUAAAACGUCCACCGGCAUUUUGCUUAAUGAUACUCUACUAGUUGGGCCCACAAUUCAAAACACCAUAUUUGAACAGAUUCUUCGUUUUCGCACACAUCAUUAUGUGAGCACGGCGGACAUUGAGAAAAUGUACCGCCAAAUCCUCAUUCCUCCAGAAGAUCGACAAUUUCAAAAGGUACUAUGGAUUCAUCAAGGAAAACUUCGAACUUUCCAACUCAAUACGGUGACAUUUGGGACAGCGGCCGCCCCAUUUCUCGCCGUUCGUACCAUGCAACAACUUGCUCGUGAUGAAGCACAUGAUUUUCCUCGCGCUAGUAAACUGCUCCUCCGCGAUUUUUAUGUCGACGAUUUUGUGUCCGGUGGAAAGUCAUUAGCUGAACUUUUGAGCAUUCGGGAUGAAAUGAUAGCUUUACUAUCGCGUGGUGGUUUUGUCAUUCGCCAAUGGGCAUCGAAUCACAGCUCAGUUCUGGACUCAAUCGACAAGAGGUUCUUCGAUCUUGAUUGUUUAAUUAAAAACGAUCCAAUCCAAAAAACCCUCGGUAUUAUCUGGGACGCGGAAAAUGAUUUAUUGCAAUAUACUUCAAAUCGCGUUGACCCCAGCACUGUGGCAACAAAACGCACACUCCUCUCACAGCUAUCGAAGAUUUUUGAUCCGCUCGGUCUACUUGGCCCCAUUUCUCUAUUUGCGAAGGUCUUGAUUCAAGAGUGUUGGAAAGCAAAAAUCACCUGGGAUGAAUCUCUUCCUCAAGACAUCCACACUAAAUGGAGUCAUCUAGCACAUCAACUACCCAAGCUACAGGAUGUAUCAUUUCCUCGCCAAAUCUUCAUACUAAAUCCGUCUAGAUUAGAAAUCCACAGGUUUUGCGAUGCCUCAAUCCAUGGUUAUGGAGCUUGUCUGUAUGCCAAGUCUCAUAAUUCCCAAGGUGAUGUAUCAAUCCGAUUGAUCUGCAGUAAAUCCCGAGUGGCUCCCCUGAGUGGAGUCACUAUCCCUCGCUUAGAACUUUGCGCAGCCACCAUCCUUAAAAAACUCUAUCUAGAAACCAAAUCCCAGUUUGGCUCCCCCAUCGAUCAAGUCUAUUUUUGGUCCGAUUCCACCAUCGUUCUCUGUUGGCUCAAGAAAGCCCUUCACCUUUUGCGAACCUUUGAAUCCAACCGGGUGGCAGAUCUCCAAACGUUGGGAGAUCAAGUCAUCUGGCGACACGUCCGAUCGGAGGACAACCCAGCUGAUGCCCUAUCUCGAGGACAACUCCCAUUCGAUUUCACACAAAAUUCUCUCUGGACUUCAGGUCCUCCCUGGUUGACCCUCAGUCACUCCCAAUGGCCACAAUUGAUCAUACCUUCGACAACUCAGGUUCCUGGAUUGAAAAAGUCCAUUUGUUUAUUGACGAACGCGUCCCCUGAACCCAUUUAUGCUCAUUUUUCAAAUUUCGAACGAUGUGCUAGAGUCGUGGCCUACAUCCUACGCUGGAAGAAUACAACAGCUCCGCGAAUUCGUCCACUCUCUGUCGAGGAAAUCCACGAAGCUGAAGAUCGCAUCAUCAUGAUCGUUCAACAGGAACGAUUUUCCAUGGAACUUCAAAGGCUGUCAAAGCAGCAAUCCUUAGAAAACUCAGCGCAAUAUUAUAAGAAAGGGACUCCUUUUGACAGACUACAUCCCUUCAUCGACAACAAGGGAAUUCUUCGUGUAGGUGGACGACUUAAAAAAUCGGAACUUUCCUAUAACCAGAAACAUGCCAUUCUCUUACCAACUAAGCACCCUGUGACGGACAUGAUCAUUAGACAGGUCCAUCAAUCCAAUCUCCACGCCGGGAUACAAAGUACACUUCAUGCUAGUCGAACGAAAUUUUGGAUCUUAAACGGAAAGGACCAAAUCAGAAAAGUUAUCCACCGAUGUGUUGUUUGCAUUCGUCAAAGGCCCAAACUAAUUCAUGCUCAGAUGGCCGACUUGCCUGAAGCAAGAGUAAAGGAAGCCCCAGCUUUUUCUCGUACCGGCGUCGACUUCUUCGGUCCAAUCUUAAUCAAGGAAAAGAAAGAUCGAAAUCGAUCAUUCCUUAAAGCUUAUGGUUGUGUAUUCGUUUGCAUGGUCUCUAAAGCCGUACACAUUGAGCUCGUCACGGCUCUUUCGUCGGAAGGCUUUCUCUCGGCUUUUCGACGUUUCGUUAGUCGCAGGGGAGUCCCCGACGAUGUCUACUCUGACAACGGCACGAACUUUGUUGGAGCGAAUAGAGAACUCAAUGACUUGUAUGAACUCAUCUCCAGUCAAGAAUUCAAAGAAAACAUCAGUAAUCACGCACUGUCCAGGCGCAUCAAAUGGCAUUUCAAUCCACCACUAUCUCCACAUUUUGGGGGGAUCUGGGAAGCGGCCGUAAAAAGUUUCAACCAUCAUUUAAAACGCGUCUUAAAGGAUCACAAGUUGACUUAUGAGCAACUCAACACCUUGCUCAUCGAAAUUGAAACGAUAUUAAACUCGCGACCUUUAUGUACUCUUUCGGCCGAUCCCAAUGAUCCCCUCGCAAUCACACCGGCACAUCUGCUAAUCGGCGGAUCCUUUAACGCUCUGCCUGAAAAAUCUUUACUUCCAGUUGCAGAUAAUCGUCUGUCUACUUUCCACUUCAUCACCAAGGCCAGACAAGAUUUCUGGAAGACAUGGAAUAAGGAAUAUCUCCAUGAACUCCAAGUUCGGCAUAAGUGGCAGGACUCCACCGCCGAGUUGAAGGUGGGCUCUGUGGUGAUCCUCAUGGAUGAUUUAAGCAUCUGUACACGAUGGCCUCUGGGUGUAAUCACCGAAAUCUUUCCGGGAAGCGAUGGCAUCGCUCGAGUUGCAUCCAUAAAAACUGCUAGUGGCAUCUACAAACGCAACAUUACGCGUCUCUGUCUCUUACCGAUAACGUAG